GCAUUGGAAAGAGGGCUGAUCCUCAGUUCUUUCUUUUGGGAUGGACUGCUCACAUUUUCCUUGCCUUCUCCAACCCACCACUAGUUAAACUCAGGAAGUUCCUUUUCCUAGAGAGGCCUGAACUGUGGAGGUGGGAGGGCUGGGCUUGCAAGGCUUCCUCCCCAUUUCCAAGGCUGCUUCCCCACUGAGAGAUGUGCAAAAGUGAAUCCAGUGUUGUCAAUCCACCUGGGCUGUUGUCUUUCAUGGACCCUUUUAGCUAGAUACCCCCAAUAAGCCGGAGAAUAAUUGUGGACCAUUCAACAGUUGGGAGGCUAUCUGUUCAGUAGGAAGAUUGGAGCAUUCAUUAUAUGUAUUUGAACAUUUGUGCUUUGCAUUCGUGAUUUGCAUUUUGGGGAGGUGUCCUUGUGCCAAGACAAGGGAACGGAGACCAUUGGUGGCUUCCCUUUCCAGGCUAUGGCAGAAGAGAAGGAGAAGCAAGGGAUCAAAAGGGAGGAGAAACAACUGCCAGGAAAGACACUGUGUGACAUAUGGGGAGAAAAUGGAAAUGCUUCAUGUGCUGAACGUAGAAGGACUUCCCUGGGAGGAGAGCAUCUGAAGCCGGGAGCAGGCUGGGAGCUGCUUGGACUCUGGGAUGACCAACGGCAGGCGUUCCUCCUGAUAUCUCCAUCAGAACCAGAAAACCCACAGAUGUCAGAAGAGUUAUCAACAUGGGACGACAGCAAAUCCUUCCUGGCCUCUUUUGAGCAAGUGGCCAAGGCCUGUCGGUGGCCAAAGGAGGAGUGGGUGCCUCGGCUCCUGCCAGCCCUCCAGGGAGACACCAGGCUGGCCUUCGAGAGCAUGGACACCAUGGACAGAGAGGACUACAGGAAGGUGAAGACAGCCAUCCUGCGGAGAGACACCAUGAGGAGGGAGCAGCAGCGCCGGGAUUUUAGGGACUUCUGCUACCAGGAAGCCUCGGGGCCCAGGAUGGUUUACAGCCAGCUUCAGGAGCUCUGCUUCCAGUGGCUGAAGGCCGAAUGGCAAACCAAAGAGCAGAUCUUGGGAGACCUGGUCUUGGAGCAGUUCCUGGCCAUCUUGCCUGCGGAGAUGCGGAGCUGGGUGCGGGAAGGGGGGCCAGGGAGCUGUGCCGAGGCGGUGGCCCUGGCGGAGGAUUUCAUAGUAAGGCGAGGCGAGGCCGAGAGGCCAAAACAACAGGUGGUAGAAAAACAGCGAUCUCUGAGUAUCUCUGUGGCUGAAGAAAUUCCAUCAGACUAUGAGCAAAGCCAAGUCUUCCAGGCGGGGGACGAUAGCAGCUCCCUGAGUCAAGAUGUGAUGAGUUCAUGUGACUGGGACCGUCCAGAAGAAGAAAAAGCUAUCCGGAUAGAGAUGAACAGCAUGGAAGAAGGAAUCUCCAAAACUAAGAAGCAAAGAGAAGAGCAAAAAGCUUGGCAAGUGCCCAGAGAGCAUCAUACUCCUUCCCUGGCGGGGAAGGUGGAAAGAGGCAUUCCUUGCACUGGUGGCGAGCCUCUUAAUACUACAAGUCAACAGAGAACCCAUGUAGUGAAGAGUGAGGACGUUGACAUAGUGAACGAUGGCCAUUUCCUGGACCAUUCAGAGAUUAUUGAAUUCCAAGUGACCCAAGCUGGAGGCCUGCCUUAUCAAUGCUUGGACUGCGGAAAGACCUUCAAUUACAGCACCAGCCUCGUCCGGCACCAGAGGAUCCACACCGGAGAGAAGCCGUACAGGUGUCAGGAUUGCGGCAAGUGCUUCCGCCAAAGGUCGGGCCUCACCAUUCACCAGAGAAUCCACACUGGAGAGAAAGCCUACCAGUGCCCAGAGUGCGAGAAAAGUUUCCGCGUGAAGUCUCACUUGAUCAGGCACUCCAUCGUCCACAGCAGGGAGGCGGGAGAGACGCCAUACGUGUGCUCCGAAUGCGGGAAGGGCUUCCGCUGGAACGCCAACCUCAUCACGCACCGGAAAACCCACACAGGGGUGAAGCCUUUUGCGUGUGCCGAGUGCGGGAAGAGCUACUACUCCAACAUGAGGCUCGUCCGGCAUCAGCAAGUCCACGCUGGGACCAACCCGUACACAUGUCCCGUCUGCGGAAAACGCUUCUGUGAUAGCACCGGCCUCGCCAGGCACCAGAAGAUCCACACGGGAGAGAAGCCGUACGUCUGCGCUGAUUGUGGGAAGAGCUUUAACCGGAACUGGAGCCUUGUUUCACACCAGAGAAUCCACACGGGCGCAAAACCGUUCCUCUGUACGGACUGCGGCAAAAACUUCAGGUCCAAAUCUGAACUUCACAGGCAUUUUGAGAGCCACAAGAGAGAAAAAGCGAGUAAAUGUUGGGGAGCGACAACUCUAGUAAAAGGUAAUGGUUUCCCCUGACAUUAAGCCUACUCGUAUCUGACUCUGAGGAUUGGUGCUCAUCCCCAUUUCUAAGCCAGAGAGCCGGCAUUGUUUUUAUAUUGUAUGUUAAUGUUUUUAAUAGUUUUUAUGAUUGUUUGUUGUUCAUUAGUUCAGUGACCAGCCCACGCCAGAGCUCCCUAUCGGCCGUCACCACCCCCAGUUCCUUCAAGGUCAAUCCAGUCACUUCAAGGAUGCCAUCCAUCCAUCUUGCCCUUGGUCGGCCCCUCUUCCUUUUUCCUUCCAUUUUCCCCAGCAUCAU